AUGAUAAGAGAUCAGAAUGAGUUGGGGAAAUUUCUGAUCGAAUGCACAUCUCUUCCAUGUACAGGUGAUCGUUUUGCGGGUAUUAGUGGCGUUCCACAGUGUCCACGAACAACGCUGUUCUGUUUUGGAGCUACUGAGGACGAGAAUGCACAAUUUCCGAAAGCACUUCGCAAUUUUCCAACCGUCAGCGUUACGAGCCCAUUUCCGAUCAACGUUACUCGCUACAAGAUCAGCGAAGAAGAGAAGGCAAUAACGACAAUGUGCGAACAACGAUGUAAUUUGGGCAUUGAAGAGGAUAUACAAGAGCCGCAAUAUACUCUCAUAUCAUUGCGUACAACAAUUAUUUUGGCGAUCGUCUCACUUUUGAUUGGGGUUUGUUUUGCUGCCGGAAUUUGGUUCAUUCACAUACGAACACAAGGGAAGACGAAGCGACAUCUUCGUCGGGAAGAGUUGUCACGGAUACCGAUUGUAGCAGAGGCAGAUGCGCAUGCAGCAUGA